UUUAUUGUGUGAAAUGGCGUCUGUUACGGGUCGCAAUUUGGCAAUCUGCAUUAUUGCCCUGAUCAACUUCGUGUUCGUCUUCGGAACUGGGGCGGAAUUUGUCCGGUUCAUCUCAUUCAGAGCAAUUUACCACAACAUCACCGGAGGGCCACCGCUGUGUCGGGAUUCUGUGUCAUGGUCGGAGGCGCUGCGUGACAGCUCGGUGCUCCGUGCGGCGGCGGUGGACCUGGGGCUGCUAGCUCUGUUUGCCGCCCAGCAUAGCCUCCUCGCCUGGGACCCUGUCAAACGGGCCUGUCUGUCUGUUCUGGGAGUCCUGAACCGGACUGCCUACUGCGCGGCCACUGCACUGGCUCUCCAGGUGCUGAUGCGCUGCUGGCAGCCUGUGACUGGCGCCCCCUGCCUGUGGAGUGUGAGCACUGCGCCCUGGAGCGCCUGGUUCCCGCUGCUCUGCUUCACGCUGCACUUCCUGUGCUGGGCCGUCAUCUGCAGCAUCCUGCUCAUCUUCGACUACCCCGAGUUGCUGGGCAUCAAACAGGUGUACUAUGAGUGCCUGGGUUUGGGGGACCCCCUCUCUCUGAAGUCCCCCCGGGCCCAGAGGCUCUUCUCCCACCUGCGGCACCCUGUGUGUGUGGAGCUGUGCGUGGUCCUGUGGCUCCUCCCCUCCCUGCCCCUGGACCGCCUCCUCCUGGCUGCCGGUCUGACCGCCUACCUGGCCCUGGCGCACUCCCUGGACACGCAGGACUGCGAUUACCUCAGCGUGCAGCUGGCCAGCAAGCUGCACCUCUUCUCCCUGCCACCAGAGGGCAGCGUGGAGGCUAACAGUCACAAGCAAGACUGAAGAACAAGAGGGCUUCCUAAGCCACACCCCCAGGCUUGCUUGCUUCCUGCUUGCCACAAACUUCUAAGACUUAUUGCUAUUGCACCUUUAAUGAAAGAGAUAUUAUUGUUACCAUUUACUUUUUCUUUUUUUUUUCUUUUUACCUUGAUGUGGCUUCUACUGUACGAUUAUGACAAAUGAUCCACUCCAGAAAAGCUAAUUUCCAUUUUCCUGAGAGAAACCAUUGUGGAUAUUCAUGGUAACACUUCAACCUGGUUGCCCUAAGCCACCAUGUUAUGUUAGCAGCAGCUGCCCAUUGGUUUUCCAAAUUAUUCACAGAAUGGGCAGUGCUGGCCUACCGACAGUCCAACAUUGCAGAAUUAAUUCAUCAAUGGAUUGUGAACUACAAACUUGUGACACUUUGGUCCUAAAAAAACUGGUUUAAGCUAAAGCGUACACACUUGGUAAAACCAAGUGUAGAUGCAAGUAUUAACGCUAGGGUAACGUCAGAUUUUCAACCGAAAUGUCCAGUUUUCAAAUGAUCUGUACAAGUCUGGUUUGUGGUCUCUUCCUGAAAUUUCCUCCUGGGUAAUUGAUGGAUGAAAUUAGAUUUAGCGGUGGUUUGUAAUGAACUUGCAUGCCAUUUCACUCCCCGUUCCGAUCGAAUGGCCGCCUAGUCAGCCUCCGACCCAUCCGUUAACGCUGCGAUGUUCCAGCUUUGUUCUUGCCGUCAGCGGAUGGUGGAAAGUUUUGUAACAGGGCCCUGGACUAGGGAGAAUAAAAUGGGAGAGGGAGAGACAGAGUAAGAGACAAAAAAACAAACAAGUUGUUGCUGCUUGUUUACUUCAAGGCCCAUGAUUCGCCAAAGCUGAGGUAACCAAUCAGAGGCCGGAAUCGUGCCUGUUUGAUGCAAAUAACAAAUCUGCCCUCCCACUGUCAGGCCAGAUUUCAGCCACAGUACUCUAUUGUUAAAUUUUUAAUUAUGAACCCAAUUAGCCACUGCAUUCAGUGGCCACUGAGCAGUGUGACCCAUUUGUAAGUUACUUUUUACUCUCCGGGAAUCUACACUACUGGGAUUACAUGGUUAUUGUUGGACAACAAUUAUUUAUUGUGUAUCUUUUCACCAGUAUUUCAAGUAAUUCUUUUACAGGGCUUGAAUUGUUCCUUUUGAGAUCAUUUAUUUUUUUAAGGUUAACUUUAUUAGUCAGCAUCUGUGUGGCUAAUCCAUUUUUUUUUCUUUCUGUUAGUCAAUUUCCUUUGCCUCCAUCUUGUGUCUAUGUUCUGUCCAUUGUGCAAGUUCAUUAAGAUGUCUGUUGCAUUCACUGCGAUCCUGCCUUUGAUUCUGAUGUGAUCACCAGCAUUUUACAUGAAAAAGGACAAUCUUAAGAUUGUGCUUCAGGAUUCUCUUUUAAAUAUGUUUUCAAGUUUUAAACAAUCAUGCAGUUUGGUUGACCAGACCACGGACUGCUUAUCACAAUGCACUUUUCCUGGUGAAUUGUGUUUGCCUCUUAAUACCAGGGUUUAAAUUCUGACUUCACAUUUGUUUUUUUCUCACCAUUUUGUCUAUUUAUGAUUCUUCUAAAUUGCCUUGUUACUCGCCCAAACUGCGCCCCCUGCUGGUUAGACAAAAUAUAUCGCAUCCCUCCCCCCCGUAUUCAGUGCUCAACAGUUAAGACGCUGAUUGGCUCAUUCCUGUCACGUGGCGAGUCUGAGCCACACAGUGUUGACAUCGUUGAUGUUUCCGUCUUUGGUCCUCUCGGCGCCCGAACAGCGGUGCCGAGGAGCGACACUGAUUGGUGGAGAUAAUCUUGAUCUGAGGAUCAAUUUUGAAAUGCCGCCUUGUAUGUCUUCUUUAACAUGCUUAUGGGAAAGUUGAACAAACGAAUUGCGUUUGAAUGCAGCACAGUUAGAUCGCAGCUAAACCUUAUUUCCAAGGGAGCGGGGUGUGGACGCGUGACUAUAGUUUCUUGUGAUAGGCUUUUUAUGAAGAUUGUUUAAUUGGUAGUGACACUGAAAUAUAUUUUGCUUUUACUGCCACAUAUAUAUGUAUUUUUAUUGUAAAGAAAAUUUGCCUUUUAAAAUACACGAGUAAGCUUGA